UUGAUGAGGAUCCGUGUCGUCUGCUGUGUGCCGCAGUAGGGAGCGACGCUGUGACUAAACUCUGUCUGCUGUGACUGUCUGUGCGCCCUGCCACGUAAGGAAAGAGUUGGAAUCCGACCCCCGGCCGCCUAGCAAACCACCAUGGAGUUCAGAUUCGACGUGGAGAGGCUCCUCCCCGACGAAAUAACGAGGGUGGACAAUUCACUCAUUCUCAGGGGAUGGAAUUCGUCGACGAGGAACAGGCUCGAAUACCAGGAACUGUAUCAGAUCAUCAAUGCGAUUGGCGAGGCCUCCUCCUUCGCACAGGGCCUCAACAAUGUCAUCACAACGGCAGACAAACUGCAGAACUCGGACCACUUCCUUUACUUGAUGAAGGAGAGGGAUGACUCCAUAGGACAGACUCUUGUGGUCGGCAUGCUCAAGAUUGGCCGGAAGAAGUUGUUCUUGCUUAACCAAGACCAGAGAACAAAGGAGUGUGCUCCUUUAUGCGUCCUAGACUUUUACAUUCAUGAGUCUCGGCAACGCAGAGGAUAUGGCAGAAGACUUUUUGAUUACAUGCUUAGGGAGCAAAAUGUGCGGCCAGAGCACAUGGCUGUGGACAAGCCAUCAGAUAAAUUCUUAGCCUUCUUACGCAAGCAUUAUGGCCUCAGUAGGACAAUUCCGCAGAUUAACAACUUUGUAGUCUUUGAUGCUUUCUUCCAAGAUCGCCCCAUAACAACAGACGAAGCCGCCAUGACUGUAGUGAGCCGCAGUCCACGCACAGCCUCCCCCGAGCGCACCCAGUCUCCCAGCGGCUCUAGGCGGUCCUCCACCUCAAGCUAUUCCCACUCAGCUGGUCGCCCAUCAAAUCCAUCACGACAGGCCAAUAGCAUGGUUGACAUCCUGCAUGGCCGUCCUGAUCGCCACACUCCUGCAGCCAGGCUUUCUCCUCGCUACCAGACCACCCUGGAGUCAGAAGAACAGGGAAGUAAGGAAGCAGUAGGACAGUGGAUGCGAGGGCCGAGGUCAGGAGGCGAAUCUCCGUACUCUCGCACCCCAACUUCCUACUCAGCCUCUCGCACCCCCUCUAACACUGGGUCUCCUCUGCGUACCCCAUGGGGUGGCUCUCCCCCCCGUUCACACCCUCAUACUCCCCCUACCACUUCACAGCCUGGCAGCCGCAAGGACAGUGCGGACAUGGUGGACGGGCACAGAAGCUUGGAGGGGUCUAUUGCUCCCACACCGGCCACGUCCCCUGAGCGUGGCGGCUCCCCCUCCAAGGCUUCACAUGAUGACCAGGACGACGAGGGCAGCGUGAUCAACCAGCAGCCAUCUGUGGAAGAGGAUGGCAUUGUCGAGAAGGUGGACCAGAUGGCGUUAUCAGAAGCUCCAGACCAGUCUCCAGGUAUGUCAGGAAGGAGUGUCGCUUGUUCGAUGGAUGUGAUUUUGGUGUAUGGGGAUUCACAAAUAUCCAAUUUAGGAAGAUUUUUUUUAAGGGAACUGUUAAAGAAAUUACAAUUGCUUACAUUUGGUCCUUUAUUCUCUUAUACAAAAUAGAAACCUUCCAUAAUAGCAGAGAUAAAUCUCUUUGGCUAUUUACCCAAGCCUUUCAGCACCUCUGUCUCAUAGUUUCAAGUAUUUAAGAGAGCCAUGGUAGAUAGGUGGUAGAAAUCAGGCAAAUACCAUCUAAUAUCCAAACUGGAUAAAUUCAGUACAGGAAAUGAAUGACAUAUGUCAAGUUUUAAAUACUUGAAAAUGACAGUGUGCAAUGGUUCACAGUAAGGUUACCCAUGAAGUAAAAGCUUUUUAUAGAUAUCUUGAGGUUAUAUGUGAUAUUGUUUUUUACUGUCUGCUGAAGAACUCUUGACAAAUAAAAAUGUCAUUCUUAUUUCAUUUUUGUUGUUGCAAUGUUUCAUUUUAUGCUAUAGUAACUUGUCUCUAGUGUUGUCUCUUGAGAAAGAGUGAUAUGUAAUCAGUACAGGAGAAACAUCCUCUAUAAAGGUAUGAAAUGCUAGAGCACAUGAAAGCUUUUGACUGAACAGUGUUGCUUAGGCUGGGUUCCAGUAUGGAUGGUUUGUAUUUUGCCAAAAGAGGAAACUGCAGAGGUUGAGAUUGGCAUGAUUUGAUUACAGAAUGUGUGUGACUGUUAAUGAGUUUCAGUGGCCAGUGAUUAUGACUUGGUAUUAAUGUGUUUUUUGCCUGAGUAGAUUGAUAUUAAAUGAUAAGUUGAAGUAGUCUUUUGUGCAUGCCUGAGUAUGUGAUAAUGAAGGUUCAUUUGAAGGAAGUUGAAGAUAAAAUGGAAAUAUAAAGUGUAUAGGACUUAUAUAUGAAAUCUUAAUUGAAUGAAUUUUAACGACUACAUGUAAAUUGCUUUGUGAACGUAGGAUAAAAAUGCUAUGUGGAUUGCUAACUGUAUUUUGGUUUUGAAUACUUCAUGAUUGAUUGGAGUCCACAGAUUCACCCAAGGAAAAUUAGUAGUCCUGUAGAUUUUCAUUUUAAUAGGAUGCUGCAUGGCUUUAAUAGGUAUUAUGAAAUAUAUAGUAACAUUACAAGUAACCUUCUGUUUGAAAAAAAAAAAAAAAAAAA